UUAAAUACCCCUCCCCUGACGCGCACUCGGCACUCUCGAGUAAACCCUCAGAGACGAGCACACCCAGCGGGUCUGAUCGGUGAAACUCAUGUUUCUAGAGGGAGAACGGAUUAUGAACGCGUUCGGGCAGCAGCCGUCGAGCCAGCAGACCAGUCCUCUCCAGCACCACAACGCGCAGGACAUCCUGGACAUGACCGUGUACUGCGACACCAACUUCAGCAUGUACCAACAGAACCUCCACCAUCACCACCACCACCACCACGCGCAGAGGCCACCUGCGCAUCCUUCCAGCUACGGACUCGGCGAAUACACCUCAGCCACAGCCAACCCGUACCUGUGGAUGAACAGCCCAGGUAUCACCUCAUCCCCCUAUCUCUCCGGCCCGAACGGAGGCUCUUACAUUCAGUCAGGAUUUGGGUCGAACCAGCGGCAGUUUCUUCCUCCUCCCACCGGCUUCGGAAACGCGGAUCUCGGUUGGCUGUCCAUUUCAAGUCAGCAAGAACUUUUCAAGAUGGUCAGACCGCCUUAUUCCUAUUCAGCGCUGAUUGCGAUGGCUAUUCAGAACGCGCAGGAAAAGAAACUGACGCUCAGUCAGAUUUAUCAGUAUGUGGCGGACAACUUUCCUUUUUAUAAGAAAAGCAAAGCCGGAUGGCAGAACUCCAUAAGACACAAUCUGUCCUUGAACGAUUGCUUCAAGAAAGUCGCGCGGGAUGAGGACGACCCUGGGAAAGGUAAUUACUGGACUUUGGACCCCAACUGCGAGAAAAUGUUCGAUAACGGCAACUUCAGAAGGAAGAGAAAGAGAAGAGCCGACGGAAACACCAGUAAUUUGUCUGUAAAGUCCGAGGACGCGCUGAAAUUGGCGGACACGGCGAGUCUGAUGAGCGCUUCCCCGCAGAGCCUCCAGAACUCUCCGACCUCAAUC